CUCUCCUCCCUUGCAGCCGCGCUGGGGACGCUGGAUUUCAGUUUGCUCUACGACCAGGAGAACAACGCUCUCCACUGCACCAUCAACAAAGCCAAGGGCCUGAAGCCAAUGGACCACAAUGGCUUGGCUGAUCCUUACGUCAAGUUGCACUUGCUCCCUGGAGCCAGCAAGGCAAACAAGCUGAGAACCAAAACCCUUCGCAACACCCUGAACCCCACCUGGAACGAGACCCUCACCUACUACGGCAUCACCGACGAGGACAUGAUCCGCAAGACGCUGCGGAUCUCGGUGUGUGACGAGGACAAGUUCCGCCACAACGAGUUCAUCGGGGAGACGCGCAUCCCACUGAAGAAACUGAAGCCCAACCAGACCAAAAACUUCAACAUCUGCCUGGAGAAGCAGCUGCCGAUAGAUAAAACAGAGGACAAGUCGCUGGAGGAGCGUGGCAGGAUCCUCAUCUCCCUCAAGUACAGCUCGCAGAAGCAGGGGCUGCAGGUGGGCAUCAUGCGCUGUGCACACCUGGCUGCCAUGGACGCCAACGGCUACUCCGACCCCUACGUCAAAAUUUACUUGAAACCAGAUGAGGACAAGAAAUCCAAGCACAAGACAGCAGUGAAGAAGAAAACGCUGAACCCCGAGUUCAAUGAGGAGUUUUUCUAUGAGAUAAAGCACGGUGACCUGGCAAAGAAAACCUUAGAAGUCACUGUGUGGGACUAUGAUAUCGGGAAAUCCAACGAUUUCAUAGGCGGAGUCGUGUUAGGAAUUAAUGCCAAAGGGGAGCGGCUGAAGCACUGGUUCGACUGCCUGAAGAACAAGGACAAGAAAAUCGAGCGCUGGCACACGCUGACCAACGAGCUGCCGGGCGCCGUCCUCAGCGACUGAGCUCCACAGCCUUUGGGCUCAUCCCAGCUUUGGAUCCGGGGGAUCCCGGGACAGCCAGGACAGCAGGACACCCCACAGCAGGGCCUGGCUGCAGGGAAGCCCUUCCCAGGGAAGAAGGCACAGGUGGUUUGCUCUGGCGGCCGCUCCCAAGGCUUUUCCAGAAGGCCUCUUUGCGCCCUGCCGCGCUCCCAGCGCCGCUCUGGAGCGGGCACGGGCACACUCACGCUCACACUCACGCAGGUGUGCACCCCUGCAUGCACUGCAGUCUGCCUCCUCUCCCUUACCUUCUGCCUCUACUCACUUACCUUCUCGCUGCCUUGCAAGUCAGUGGCAAAAA